AUGCGCCGGGAUAUGCUUUGUUGUUGUGGCGGAGGAUCUACGAUAAGCUGAAAAUGUGGCCAAGGGUUCAUCUGGAUCCUAGUAAAAACGAAAGACUAGAGGAAACUUUUGCCAGUGUGACUGCAUUCCGUUUCUUGCUGCCUGAUGGGAAUCCAGCCUCGUUCACAGUCGACCUAGUGCUCAUCACCGCACAAACAACGAUGUUGCCUCAAUUGACGACGCACAGAAGUAAGAGUCCUACGCUGGCGCAACAGGAGAAUACUGAGAUUCAUCGUUUUCCGUUGACGCAUCUAGUGCAAGCCUAUCGCGCAAUGGGCGACAGGGAUAUUUUCCUCAAGGAUUUGUUGGAUUCGCUUCAUCCAAACGUGCGGCUUGCGGUUAUAGUAGCAAAGCGUUGGUUCAAGGAACGUGCGGCAGUGUUGGGGAAAGCGGUUAACUCUUUUAACAGCAUGACCAUUGCACUCCUAGUGCUCUACACGAUCGUGAAGAAACAACUGCACGUGGGUCCGUACAGUGAGAAGAUUUUGCUUCCGAGUCGUGUACUACCUGUCGGCCGCCAUUUGCAGGAAAGAGAACUAGCACGACAAGCAGGACAGCAACCAGCGCCUUUACUGCAGCCCGUGGAUUACACUUUCAUAGCUUCUGUGUUAUUCUUUGAUUUUCUUGGUAUCGUCGCAGAGCUCUUCACAAGGUAUACGCAGAAUGAUAGAGUUUAUCUCAGAUGUCUGAAAACGAAUGGACAAGGUAAACUUCCAACGAAUCAACAAGUGCUAGAAGAUGGAGCUGCUUCUGCUUUGCCCUAUCACUUCGUCGAAGAGCCCCUGCCAGCUGUGCUGACGCAGCUUGGUGGAGCACCUAUCUUUUUGGCUGAUCCUGGCGCUUUCUCACGUGGCUCUCUGCAGUUGCUAGACCUGUUUAGAGUCGAGGUGGAGAGAGAGGAGAGCCCUCAUGUUGCUGAGGACGCAGUGCCGGUAGUCGAAAAGGAGGUCGUUGAGAAAGAGAAAAACUACAAGGGUCGUGGAGGCAGCACUGUGGUCCUCGAAGGAGAUGCUAUUUCCUCCACUGAAACCGCAAAGACUACAGGAGACUCGCCUGCUGCAGCUAAAUCAAAACCUGCAGCUAAAGGUGCCCCCAAAGGGACCGUCCCAAAGAUGGGGGAAGCAGUCUCUCCUGCACUAGUGAACAAGCAAGAUGACCAUGAGCUUCCUAGGAUCAUGUUCGCAGCUCUACAGCGCAUGUACAUCCAAAAUCCAGGUGAGCAUAUGCAACAGCCACCUCUUGUUUUCGAACCUGACCAUGUCAAGGGGUUGGAGAUAGCCCUGCCACAGGAGAUAGCCCUGCCACAGACAGACGGAAUAACUUUAUCUAUUAAGGCUAGAAGAAAUCCAUCCUCACAGGCAUCUUGGUCCCGUUUCGGAAGGGAAAAAAGACGGAAGAUGCCGCUCAAAAUGGGAGCUAGAAACUCACUUCUAGCUCUAACCCUCUUUACUUCUGCUUAAUUUUCUGUCCACCAGAACGAUCAAACAGCUUAACUAGAAGAUUUCUUCUAGCUCUAAAUCUACUUCAGCACAAUCACACCCCUUGAGUCUCACCGUGGAGCAAAUUCAGGGUCUCGCCCCGAUCCGGCAACUGCGUGAAGACGUCUUCUUCGUGCAGGCUGUUUCGGACGAAAACGCGGAGUUCUUAGGCUCAUCAUCUGCAACUUUUACGCAUCACAUAUUAAGGGUUAACCAAUUACAUCCCCCACAACCAUUCCUCACUCUUUUUCCAGUAGGAAAGAGGUGAGGGAUGUUCUGAAGAAUGUAAUGCUGCAACCUUUAAACAUAGCUGGAGUGUUGGGAAGAGGGUCGCGGGUGCAGAUACUGUCGACUGGAAAAGGGCAGCAACCAGGAGAAUCGCCAUUCCCGAAUGCUGUGAAGGUACGGGUUAUCACCGGGAACAGUUGGGGAGAGGGGCAGCAUGCUACCAGUUACUUGGGAGCACAUGACCUUCAAGGAGAAUCUUCAAACGACCCACCCUAUGCUGUAGUAGAUGGUGGAGGAGCUGAUCAUAUGUAUCAUGGUACGAAUGCUGUAGAUGGUGGAGGAGCUGAUCAUAUUCAUAUGUAUCAUGGUACGGGGACCCCACACGCAUACCCUAUUCCUAGUUCAUCACAUCCACCUAUGGUACUAGUGAAUGAUUCUCGAACAGGAGCUUAUGAUGAUGCACGUGCGAUGAUGCCCAAACGAACUGCGAUGUCAGCAAAAGCCGACGUCUUCAUUCCUCGUAAACAAGAUUCUUCCGAUGAAGAUGAAGCAGUUGUAGAAGAUCAAAGUCAAACCACCACCUAUGGCACCACAGGCACUUCUGAUCCUAGUCAAAUGAUGCACCACCAACAGAUGAUGGACCAGUGGUGGUAUCUGCAACAGCAAUUUCACCUCCACACUGGAGAAGUAGCAGACAGCUUUGAUGCGGAACAACAUCUAUUUCAACAGUCGGGUGAUAGUCAGGAGCAAUUGGAGCACGUACCUACUUACGGCGAAGUUGGCUGGAUCAGUGGUGCUGCACUGGAACGAGUUUCUUCGCUGCCGCAGGAGGCCGAUGACAUGCUGAAGAUCAAACUGUUUCAGCAUUUACCGAGUCGUGGUAGAACACCGGAUACUGCUAAAGUUCGCGUCAUACCACAGCGCAAUCUAGUACGUGCUAAGUUCGAAAUAGCGCGAUUUCGGCAGAUCUAUUUGCAUGCAUUGACAACCAGAGGGAACCUGUUAGAAUUUUUUGCGAUCUUCCGAAGACGAGAAGGAGGGACAGCUGAUGGUCGAAACGUGCGGUUAGAAGAUUCUUCACGACUACUUAGAAGUGCUUUUUUGGGAGCACCAGCAUCAGUUCCACCAUCUACGCACUUUCAGCAAACCACGCAAACCGAAUUCAUUUCCACAGUCGAAGCAGCUCUUAUACUAUUAAGGGUAGGGUAAAGGUGCUUUUGUUCCCGCUUUUUAUGCCUUUCCCAAGGGAGAAAGGCAGAAAAAGCGGGGUCCACGAGCACCAAGACCCUACCUCUAAUACUAGACUCCCAUACAGUUACAACAUCAACUUCUGGAGGUAACAACAAGGUCGUUGGAACAUCUUCGCCAGAAGACGUUCUUGAAAUGUUAGACUUCGAAAAGAAUUUCGGAGAUCUCAAUGCUCGACUAGACGGCAGACUCCUUGAGGCUUGGGCGCGUGUCGCUCCUGGGAAGUUACACUAUCGUGCUGUGCCUCUGCUACGGGAAAAACUCCAGCAUUUUACGGAGAUGACUGUCGAUGCUUUAGAUGUGCUGGAGGGGUUGGUUCUGCAACCUGAAGAUCCUUCGAGUUUGAUGGAGGAGGAAGAGGGGACUACUGCUGCUGGUCUGCACCAAAUGGAGGCUAGCGAACCCGCGAAAGAGGCUCACCUCCUUACCGCAGCUACAGCUAUUAGUGCAAGAGCCAUGCCAGGUCAAGUACUACUAGGUGAGGUUGCAGAAGAAGGUCUAGACGCAUCAUCAUCACCACCACAAGAAGAUGUGGAUAUGCAGGCGAGCACGAGUCCUGAACAAAGUCCUGAAGUGGAUGGAUCUGACGAUGUGUUUGUUGAGCCACUGUACAAACAAGUAGAGCCUGUCUUGCCAAUCCUAGUGGAAGAAAUGCUAGCACCACCUGGCGACGAGGUGUCAUCACGAAUAGUGUGGUUAAACCGCGCUGCGACACUCGAAAAUGCACGAUGGCUCUUUUGGGCUAGACUUGCUGCAGGUGCUUAGGGCAAGGCUUGCUGCUGGUCUGCGUAAAUUCUUCGGGAAAAACGAUGCAUGACGAAGAGGAUACUGAGACUUUUUCACAUGACUUAAGUCUACGCGUGUAUAUAAAUAGAGAAUCUGUUGGUGCUUGGGUCUACCCCAUUUCUACAAUCGAACUAGUUCAAAAAUAGUUCAAUCGUUCAAUUUCGUACAAUGUGAUAGAAAAGAAACUUCAAUGAGCCCAAUCGAGUAAGAACGUGAGAAACCGCUACUCUCGUGUGUGACAUCAAUCGAAUCAAUAUGAACAUGAGCGAGACAUCAGCAACAAUCAGAUCGUAAAUGCAUGCUUUGCGCGACAUGAGCCUCUUGCCGUAUAUAGAUGGCGAUAUAUCUACUACUGCGAAUCAAAAAUAACGGCUUUUUGCACGAGGCAUUUGUUUGAAAUUAAAGAUAUCUGAUGAUUCAUUGGUACAACCACAUUUGAGGUUGUCCAAAAAGGAUAAAAGCUGGAUGAACUUCUAGCUCAAUACAUAGAGAAUAGUCAUGAAGAAGGAGUUCUUUAUCGCCUCAUAGUGAUAAAGGACGAUCAACGAUUAUUCUUUUACUAAAUUUUCCUUGUCAAAAAAAAAUGCGUGCUGACAAUAUGAUCGCAUAUAAUUGACAGACUGUUCGGGUAGGGGGUGCGACGUAUGUGGUCCUUUCUCUCCAAAAAUUAGUGUCCGUGUCUUUUGGAAGAGGAACGAAAAAAUAAAUAAUUUUUCCUUCGAAUGUCGUGGAUUCUUUUCUGACAUUCAACUGUUGUUUGUCUCAAAGAAUUUCGAAAAAAUGUUGUGCUGUUUUUUUUUCUAACAGAUGGUGAAUUUCUUCGAAAUAGUCAUUUGUUCUUUCUACUUGUGCAGAAAAAAUUUGUGUCUUAUAACAUUUGAUGAUAAAAAACAUUUUCCUACCGUUGCUUGCAAUUGCUAUACCACUACUAAAGAUGGAGGACUUCGGUCUUAAAUCUGACAUUAAAAAAGGGUCUUUCAACAUCAUUGGAGGCGGCGGACGUGGAACUAGAUAAAACACGUUUUCC